AUGUCAGUGAGCCAGUCAUUUCUUGGUACAGAAGUUGGCGAAGAAUGGCAAUUUGACAUCAUACAGAUGGUAAGUAACUGGACUAGCACCCGGUCACUGGGUCCUGCUGAUUCCUCUGGACGACUGGACGAGCUGGACGAACUGGACGAACUGGAGGAACUGGACGAACUGGACGAACUGGACGAACUGGACGAACUGGACGAACUGGACGAACUGGACGAACUGGACGAACUGGACAAGUGA